GCAGUAAUUCUUUCUAGAAGUCUGUAGCAGACUCUCGUUAGCCUAAGCUAGGUGGACUUAGCUGAGUUAGUAUUGGCAAAACACAACCAGUCGCUGCACUGAACGCAACUCCACGUUUCUGAAAAGUGCAGCACAUUUUUGUUAUCUGCUUUUUUGACUCAAGAUUCGGCUGAGCUUUAUUUAUCCCACUAACUUAGCCGAGUCAUAUUCCAAGCUAACGUUGUUUGCGUUUGGUUCUUGCUGGCAUCAUGUCCAGGAUAGACUACAGCGUGUGGGACCACAUUGAGGUGUCAGACGAUGAAGAUGACACCCACCCAAACAUCGACACACCCAGCCUCUUCAGAUGGAGGCACCAGGCACGUGUGGAGCGAAUGGAAGAAUUUCAGAAAAAAGGUGACGAAAUGAAGAAGGGACUCACUGAGUGCCGGCGUAAGGUAUCAGAGGCUCAAAAGAAAGUACAGGAGCUGACCAUUUCAGCAACAGAUGAUGCCAAAGCAGAGCUGAGCAAAGCCCAGGCAGAGGAGAAGAAACUGAAAAAAGAGGAACGGGAUUGGGAGAAGAGGAUGGAUGACUACUACCGGGAAGAGAAGAAGAUGCCAUGGAAUGUGGACACGCUCAGCAAGGAUGGCUUCAGCAAGAGCAUUGUUAAUGUCAAACCCGAAUCCAGGGAAGAGACUGAGGAAGAGAAAGAGGAAAAGCAUAAAACCUUUGUGGAGAAAUAUGAGAAGCAGAUCAAACAUUUUGGCAUGUUGAGACGUUGGGAUGACAGCCAGAAGUACCUUUCUGACAACCCUCAUCUAGUAUGUGAAGAGACCGCCAACUACCUGGUCAUCAUGUGUAUUGAUCUUGAAGUUGAGGAGAAACAUGCAUUGAUGGAACAAGUGGCUCAUCAGACCAUCGUCAUGCAGUUCAUUCUAGAGUUGGCUAAAAGCCUCAAGGUGGAUCCUCGCGGGUGCUUUCGUCAAUUUUUCGCCAAGAUUAAGACAGCUGAUCAGCAGUACCAGGAAGCUUUCAAUGAUGAGCUGGAGUCAUUUAAAGAGCGGGUUCGUGGCAGGGCGAAGAUCCGCAUAGAGAAGGCCAUGAAGGAGUAUGAGGAAGAGGAACGACAAAAGCGCCUGGGACCGGGAGGGCUAGAUCCUGUUGACGUUUAUGAGUCACUGCCACCUGAGAUGCAGAAAUGCUUUGAUGAGAAGGACAUCCAAAUGUUACAAGAAGUCAUUAGCAAAAUGGACCCAACGGAGGCGAAGGCUCACAUGAAGAGGUGCAUAGACUCGGGACUCUGGGUCCCCAACUCCAAGACAGACGAUGGGGAUGAAAAAGAAGAAGAUGCUACCUAUGAGGAAGUGAAACAGGAGCAGGAAGAAACAAAGAAGGAAUGACCAACGUUAAGGAUUUGUUGCUUGUGCAAAUGUACUUACCCACUGUAUUGCAACUCCACUAUGUGUAUGACUAGUUUGCCAAUCAAGGAACAAUGAAAUAAUGUCUCUAAAUAUUUAGCUGAGACUUAAGGGAUUAGUGUUCACUUAACUACCCAACUUCAUUGCAACAGUAACUCCUGCUUGGAAAAUAAACUGCUGCUUGUGUUUAGGUCUUUUAUUUGUUUGGACAUCACUGAAGUUGUACUCUUACAUUUAUUUGUAUACACCUGUUGAUUUGUGUGAGUGUGUAUGUGCACACAUAACUGCCUGUUUCAUUGGUGUUGGUGUAUAGUUUGAAAAACAUUCUACACAUUUUCAGAUUGUGCAUAUUUUUUUUUUUUGUCAUUUUCAAAUUUAAGAUUUUUGUUUGACUUUUAGGGCUUGAGCAACCAAUGUAUUGAGACAAUUAUUUCCCCAAAGUGACAUUUUCUACAAACUUGCUUAACUAAAGGUUGAAUUAUAUCCAGC